AUGGACUCAGAAGAAAAAGCCACUACUAAGUCUAAUUCCACAUUUGUUCGCCCUGCAAUAUUUUAUCUCAGUGGAUUUUCCAACAUCCCUCAUGUUAAGUAUUUCUAUGUUUUCCUGUGUUUUGUCUACAUCAUGACUGUUUUGGGGAAUGGCUUUCUUCUCUCACUUAUUUGGCUGGUGAAGACUCUUCAUACUCCUAAAUACAUGAUUGUGUUCAACAUGGCUUUGGCAGAUUUGUGUGGGAGCACAACUCUCAUCCCAAAACUAUUAGACACAUUUCUUUUUGACAGGAGAUACAUUGUUUAUGAGGCGUGUUUAAGUUAUAUGUUCUUUGUUUUUUUUUUUGGAGGUGUGCAGUCAUGGACGCUUGUCACUAUGGCAUAUGACAGACUUAUAGCCAUUUGUUUCCCUUUAAGGUAUCAUAGCAUUGUGACUAAAACAUCUAUUACAUCAAUGUUGCUGUUUAUAUGGCUUGUUAUGUUGAGUCUAACAACAUUAGUUGUUGGGCUUGUUAAUCGUCUUUCCUUCUGUGACUCUGUUGUAGUGAAAAGCUUUUUCUGUGAUCAUGGACCAAUAUAUCGUCUGGCAUGUAAUGAUCCAUCUUUAAAUAUCAUUAUGGCAAAUGUUGUUGUAAGUAUAGGAGUCUUUAUUCCGCUAAUAUUCAUAGCCUGCACUUAUGUUUGCAUUUCCAUAGCGCUGAGCAAAAUUGCAUCAGGAGAGGAACGACUUAAAGCACUGAAAACUUGUACUUCUCAUCUGAUCCUUGUUGCUAUUUUGUUCCUACCAUUUGUAGGUACAAACAUUGCUGUAUGGACCUCCUACAUUCAUCCUAAUGCCAGAAUUAUAAACUCAACUUUGACACACACCAUACCAGCUUUGAUCAAUCCUAUUGUAUAUGCUUUGAAGACAGAAGAAGUAAUGAGUGCAGUCAAGAAGCUUUGGAAAAUAAAUAAUAUUAGCAGUCCAGUCACAAAAUGGUGA